ACUGUUAACCCUACUUCCCUCUCUCUCUCACUUUGAGUUUGUCUCCUCUCCCUUGGUCCUGAGCACACAGUUCCCUUGAAUGAUCUUGCAACGUAUAUAUUUCUACAUUUCUUCUUUGUUUCUUCACAAUCUUCUUUCAAUUUAUGCUCUCCCAGGAAUUUCCCAUCUAGUUUUCAAAUUGAGGGUCGAAGUUGUUUCGGAAUUCACGACUUGAAGCUGUUAAAUCCUUGCCAAUAAUGGCGGAAUCUAUUUGCAGAGCACUUAGAGACGGUGCGUUACAGGGAGAGCUAGCGCCUGCUCUCACCAUAAAGGACUCCAUCAAUUCGCCAUUUGGGUUUCACGCCUUUGCCCAUGUUCUGGCGCAGCUCUUGAGCAAUAUUUUGGCCGGUAAAUCGCAGUCUCGAGGCCUCGUUCUACUUGCGUUCUCUCGAAGUCCGGCGUAUUAUGUUGAGCUGUUGAAGAAGAGAGGGUUGAAUGUUGGAUCGUCUACUAAAUGGAUUCAAAUUUUGGACUGUUAUACAGAUCCUCUUGGUUGGAAGCAACGUUUUAUGGAGGGUGAAAAAUUUUCAAAUUUUGACCAAGAUGUUUCAAAUUUAUCUCAUACUUGUACAAAUGUGAGGGAUAUGGAUGAACUUUUCUCUUCAAUUAUUACACUUGGAAAAGCAGGAUUUGUUGGAGAAGGAACCGUACGCUUUUGUGUUGCCAUAGACUCUGUAACUGAUAUGUUGAGACAUUCAUCUACAUCAGCACUUGCAGGUCUGUUAAGCGGCCUUCGGAGCAACGAUUCGGUUUCAAGUACAUUUUGGUUGGUACAUGAAGACCUUCAUGAGGAAAAGGUCAUAGCUGCCGUUGAAUAUAUGUCCUCCAUAGUGGCAAUGGUUGAGGGAUUAACUUCAUCCCCACAUAUGCGCAGAAGCAAUCUGGACAAUUCCUAUCUUGAACACAGCUCUACAAAAGGGAGGUUUCAUGUGCGGAUUAAACGUAGAAAUGGACGUGUUCGAGUCAUUUGUGAAGAUUUUAAUGUCGAGCCGUCGGGCAUUAAAUUUACAUCCAUUUCAUCUGAAGAUGCAGUCAUCAGUCAAGGCCUUAUACCGAAGGUGCAGUUCAAUCUUCAGUUGUCGGAGAAAGAGCGAAAUGACAGGGCCAGAGUUGUUCUUCCUUUUGAGCAUCAAGGAAAUGGUGAACCGAUACAAAUAUACGAUGGUCGGCGAUCUCUUCCUGAAACCAAAGAUGAUGAGACACCUCUCAUGACCAGUGAGAAAGGCAAGGAUAAAGGAUCGGGAAAGGGUGAGAUCGUAUAUUUUCGUGAUUCAGAUGAUGAGAUGCCAGACUCUGAUGAGGACCCGGACGAUGAUUUAGACAUAUAAUGUUGAUGGUUCAUUAUGAACUAGGAGGUUUUGUAUCUUAUGUAUCUUUUUGUUUUCACUUUAAAUUGUUCAAUUUCACGUGGAGAGAUGUACCAAGUAGUAGUAUCUUGAGCACAAUGAACAAAAUCAAUGAAGUUUCUCUCGUAAUUUGGGAUA